UCGCCCAGCAAGAAGGCAGAAAAUCAAGGAAGUCCCAGCAGCAGGGUUUUUUGCUCUCUUGAGAGCCCAGGCUGGAGCUAGCGAGUGUUUGGGGGGGGGAAAAAAAAAGAAACAGGGCGUGGGAAAAGGGAUUGUGGAAGGAGAAGUGGGGUCAAGCCUGUCCAUUCAGCCGCCAGCUACAGGAUCAGGACUGGGGAGGUGAAAAAUGUCACCUGCAGUGGGGGCUCUAGCAACAUCUCCUUCCUAGUCACCUUUUUUUUCCCCCGUAGAAGCAAGGGUGGCGGGAGUUUCAGUUAACCACUCACAGAGAAAAAAAUUCCCCAAACUAUGCAUACAAAGAAACAGCUUGAUCGCAAGAGUGUGACUCCCAUAGUAAUAAAGUCUCAGCCUUGGGAACUCAGGUGACUCCGUAUCUUUUCUUCAAGAAGGAAUAAUUUCACACUAAUAACAAAGAGUUGGGGCUGAUAACCAUACAGAGUACCCAGUUUUCAAUGGCACCUUGUUUCUCUCACCAUACUGGCCAAACAAUAGAAAAGGACAUGCCCAGGGAAGUGACCCCUUGACCCAUAGGGCCCUGAAAGACGAAAGCAAAAAGCAAGAUCACUUCUCUUUGUCGUGUCUUCACAAAUUAACUGCGCUCCGAGGGAGGGAAUCCAGGCCUAGGCUCCAGCCCUUUGCUACUGUGGCUGCUGUCUCUACCACCACUGUGGCUCAUGUGGUCAACACUAAUACAGUGCCACCGCGGUCCUUGUCCCUCCUGACAUUUGUAUUGCCUGAGGAAGGAGGAUAGUGGCAGAAGAGUUGGGAAAAUAUAUUGAAAACUUAAAAAAAGAAAUUGCUUCUGUCUGGUCCCACACUGUGGAUAGACCCAUGGACAUUCUAGGUGUAGAAUGUGUGACUUUAAAGCACACUUCAGAGAUGAGCACGGGUUUGGACCUUCUUGAAAUUAUAUUUCCUGAUUACGCUUCAGGGGGGUGGGGUGGGAUGGACUGUUUUUUCCAGCUCAAGUUGGAGGAGACCAGUGACAUCCGGUCUAAGACCUUGGACCUCAGGAAGGGAAAUCAAAGUGGUGCCCACCGAAAUGGAUGCUAGACGAAAGCACUGGAAAGACAAUAAGUUGACUCCUUUUUUAAAUGAGCAUGGUGUCUUAGAAGAUGCUGCUCCUCCUCUGUCUUUCUCCGAAGAAACAUCUUCAAACAAAUCCUGGAGGAUGAGGAGAGUUUCUAACUUUCCCAGUAGAAAUGCUCAAGAAGGAAAUACAUAUACGAGGAAGGACUAUUAUUCCCAGAUAGCGGAAAGAGACCAAGACCCCAAUUUAAGAGAGACAAGGAUGAACGCAUCAAAGAAUGCAGCAAACGCAAAUUCUGUCUUCUGGGACUUUCUCGAUCUGGACGGUGCUACCAAGGAAAGUUCUCACAGCAGGGAGAGCGCCUCUGCGUGGAUUGAGAAGGAACUGUCGGCGGCAGCACAAGUCAGCAAGAAGAAAUGGACCGAAACAAUGCCUCCCAAACUCCGCCUGUACCUCCUGAAGGAAGAGCUGGGAGAACUUAACCUCAAAUGCCGGGAGAUCGAAGAGGAUUUUGAAAAUGCCGAAAAAGAACUUUUGAAUUCUCGAAAGGAAGCCUCGAGGAGAUAUGUCAAUUUUCAAGAAACAGGGACAGCUGCUUCAAAGAAUGACUGUGAACUGCAAGCUUUAAAAAACGACCUGACUGAAAAAGCGACAAACGUAAAAAACUUAACCGAAGAGCUCCAGCAAGCCAAAGAAGUCAUGUACAGGCUGAAUCUAGAGAACAGAAACUUGAAAGACUCUGUCAGGAAACUGAAGCGUCAAACUGAACUCAGCACAGCGCUCCUCAGGGAAGAGAUGAAGUUGUUUUAUGAGCUGGAAAUGGAAAAGAUCCACGUAGAGCUGGGUGCCAUCAAGAGUGAGCUGAGAGCUGAGAAGAGCCUGCGAGCGAAGAACAGCAGAGCCCUGGAGUUGCUUGGAAGACACGUGGCUUCUGUGGUAAGGUCAUCGCGUACUGCUGACCACUUUACCGGGAAUGAUCUUUAAACAUAAGGGGGGAAAAGCCUUUCCCUGGGCAAGCCAUUGAGCCAAAUCCAUGUUUAUCGUACUAUGUCUUUGUGUCCUGCUAAACUGUAUUUGAUAGCUUACAGUCUUUGCGGUGAAUCAUGUUAACUUUGAAGCAUCUGUGUUCUCUUUCGUUUUGAGAAUCCGAAUGGAAACUUCUGAAAUCUAUUUUAUAUGGGUGCCUAUAUAAUAUUACUAAAACAAAACAAGGACAAAAACCCAAACGGAUUUACCAAAUCAUGGAUGAACCCAAGUCAUCAGCCUCAUUGUAUGAUCUUGUUAGCCAUGUCCUUGGCACAUGAAUGUUCUCCCAUCUGUGGUAAGCAGUGUGAAUAAUAAAAUCUUGUUUACACGU